GUCCAGAGUACCCUUGAUCUAUGCGAUGGAUCGUGGGGCACCUUCUCAGGCUCUGCAGGAUGGAAGCUCUCUAUGACCUCAUUCAACCCCCAGAACUUGAUGAACUACAUCUGGGGCACCAAUGGCAACUGGAACUUCAACACCAAGACCUGCACAACCAGCCCAUGUUUGGCAAGAUAUGGAGUGUGGCAGUCAACUACCUCUGUUGGAUGUGGCAUGCGCAAGUGUGGAUCAUACUACUAUGUCUACUGCCGCUACUACACUGGAGGUGGCUUUGCCAACACAAAUCCAUACACUCCAUAUGUAGCCCCUACCCCUGCCCCAACCACUACCCCAGCCCCUACUACUACUCCCGCACCAACUACCACCCCUGCUCCAUCAAAUCCAUUCCCAGCCGCCAAGGUACCAACUACCAACUCAUCUAUUGAUUGGAGACCCUGGUCAACUGCACCAAAGAACCAGGGUAAUUGUGGAGAUUGCUACAUCUUUGCUGCCAUUGGUAACAUUGAGUCCAAGUUCCUUGUGACCUACGGAGGCAAUCCAAACAGCAUCAACCUCUCUGAACAGGAUGCUCUCAACUGUAUGUCCAAUGGAUGCAAUGGAGGAUGGCCAACCCAGGUCUAUGACCAGUAUGCCACCAAUGGUAUCUCUUUCACUGCUCAGAACCCGUACACUGCCGUCCAAGGAUCAUGUGCCUCAUCCAGUGCAUCCACUCCAAGAUUGAAGUUCAAGGGAUACAAUCAGAUCUUCACUCAGACCAAGCAAGCAUUCAUUGAUGGACUCAAGAAUGGACCAAUCUCCAUCGGUCUCUAUGCUGAUCAAAACUUCAUCAACUAUGUCUCUGGUAUCUACAGCAGCCCAACCUCGUACACCAGUGUCAACCAUGCCAUGAUCCUCACUGGAUACAAUCCAACCUAUGACUACUGGAUCCUUAAGAACUCCUGGGGUGCAAGCUGGGGAGAGAAUGGAUACAUGAGAUUGACUGCCAGCAACGACAACAACUACAUGCUCGCCUAUCCAGCCAACUAUGUCAACUUU